AUGGGUCAAGUGUCGUCUGCCCCUGCUAUUGCUUCCUCCACCAUCGCACUCUCUCCACUUGCACCAGUGUAUGCGCACCCGAUGCUCAAUGUCGAGGUCGAGAUCGUAUCCGCGGCGAACAUCGCCUUGGGGGACCACUUUGACUUGGCCGCCGCUUUCAAGGGCCACGUCACUUCGAAUGACGCGUUUGCAGCGCUCGAGAUCGACAGUCAGCGCGUGGCGUGGACCCGUCCGGAGUUCUCGACCCGCACGCCCGUGUGGCACGAGACGUUCUACUUCAACAACGUCCGCCCCUCGAGUCCGUGCGUCGUCUACGUGAUGGACAAAGACGAGCACAAAGACGAGCUACUCGGUCAGGCUAAGUUUGCCGCCAUGAACACGAACGACAAAGAGACGACGUUCAAGUUGACACUGCUCCACGACGAGAAGACCGCGGGCACUGUCACGGUCAAAGUCAAGUCCCACGUGAUAGAGGCAAUUGGCGACGGGAAGCUGCUGCAAUACGGACCUGUGCACUAUUCGGUGCAUUCGAGUUUCAUUAGUGGCCUCUUCACGGGCACGAAGACGGACGACGAAAAGCGGCGGUCGCUGGCCUACCACGUGGCUUUGCACGACAUAAACGUGCACUUGCCCAUGGACUUUCAGUGGAACCACCACCAUGAACCGGUGCAGCGGAUCUUUGCCUCGAACCACCUGGAAGCGCCCGUGAUGCGCAAGAUGGUCCAGUCCGAGCACGACCUGAUCUACAAGCACAAGGCCGAUACGAUCUACGGCGAAUUCCGAGAAGCUGCUGACUUUUUCAAGCUCUUGCACGGCGGCGUGCGUCACGGCAAGUCCGUGCUCUUUACGUACGUGAUCAUUGAGACGGGCUGGUACUUCUCCGAGACAGGGGCUUCGUUCUUCAAGGACAUGCUGUCCAAGCACAUGCUGCACUCGAGGGCCCAGUUCCACGUCAAGUAUGCCGGUGAGUUCUACGUUGAACAGGGACCUUCAGGCAAUUGCACGCUGCACAUUGACAACAACAGUGGCACGUAUACUCCGCCAAAGAGCGAGUUGCCUCGUGUCCAGGCGCUGCUCGAGAGCAAUUUCCCUGGGAUAAAGGUGCGAGCCGUGGACCGCAACGACGAAGAGCAAAAGGCGAAGCGGAUGCAGAUUCAGGACUCGUGGGCCAAGUAG